AUGGCAACCAUACUAAAAAGUAUACCCCGUGAGGCCGGCGUUACAAAGAUCGAGUAUGAGGGACCUCGGAUUGCCUUGUACACCAACUCGCCCAGGUUCCUGAUGGAGAACAACAACAUCAUAUCAAAUCUGGUGAAUGUGAUCAAGAAGAGGAUCAUAGUCAGAACGGACGAGUCCAUACGAAAGCCCGAGAACGACGCGCUCAGAAUACUAAGGGAGCACAUGCCACCGGAUGCCAAGCUGGGGGGCGCCUUCUUUGAUACCGCCACCGGCGAGGUCUCUCUGGAGGUGAAGAGGCCGUGGCUCCUGCAGAGGAAUGUGAAGGAGUUUGAUCACACCGAGAUAACUGAAAAGAUCGGGUGGGGAUUGCGCGUGCGCAAGGCCACCACAAACCCGUCUAGCACCAUACGUGAGAUCAGCUACAAUCUCAAGGUAUCAUCAAACGAGCGCGGCAAGCAGCUGCGCCAGAUAGGCGACGAGAUCUUCCGGCCCCGGCUGGCCCAGCGCACAGAGGUGUCGCUUCUCACGCUGGGCGGCUUUGGGCAGGUCGGACGCUCCUGCAUGCUGCUGUCCACGCAGGAGAGCAAGGUUCUGAUCGACUGCGGCGUCAAUCCCGGAGCCCAGAACCCCGUGGACUCGUUCCCCCGGCUGGACUGGAUAAACACCACCCUGGAUGACCUGGAUGCCGUGGUGGUAGGGCAUGCACACCUUGACCACACGGGAUUUCUCCCCGUACUGUGCAAGUAUGGAUACAAGGGACCCAUCUACUGUACAGAGCCCACGCUGCCCAUGAUGAAUCUGAUUCAGCUUGACGCCAUCAAGGUGGCAUCGGCACAGGGAAAGACCCCCAUGUAUGCAGAGCGCGAUGUGCGGCAGAUCAUGAGGCAGGCAAUAACCCUGCCAUACGGGAGCGUAACGGACAUCUCUCCGGACAUCAAGCUGGUUCUGGCAAAUGCGGGACACAUACUGGGCUCGGCCCUGUGCCACUUUCAUAUCGGCAACGGCGUUCACAACUUUGUGUACUCGGGGGACAUCAAGUUUGCAAAGAGCAUUCUGUUCGAGGCCGCCAACAGCAAGUUUCCCCGGGUCGAGACACUGCUGAUAGAGAGUACCUACGGCGCCAAGGAGGACAUCCAGCCGUCCAGGCAGGAGGUCGAGUCCACAUUCAUCAAUGCGGUAAACAAGACCCUGCACGACGGCGGCAAGGUGCUCAUACCGAUACCUGCGGUGGGCCGCGCCCAAGAGAUCAUGAUGGUCAUCGACAAGUACAUGAAGCAGGGCCAGAUAAUCGAGGCGCCCGUAUUCACCGAGGGGAUGAUAUCUGAAGCGUCGGCAAUCCACGAGGCGCAUCCCGAGUAUCUGGCGUGGGAGCUCCGGCAGAAGAUACUGGAGACCGACGACAAUCCGUUUGAUUCGCAGUACUUUACCAAUGUGGAGCACCCUGACGCGCGUGAGGAGGCACUGCGCGAGGACUCGCCGGGAAUUAUUCUGGCCACGUCUGGAAUGCUGGAGGGGGGACCCGUACUGGAAUACUUUAGGAAUGUGGCGCCGGACAAGGCCAACAAGAUUCUGUUUGUGUCGUACCAGGUAAACGGCACCAUGGGCCGCCGUGUGCUGGACGGCGCCAGGCAGAUCUCCCUCUUGGGAAGGGAGGGCAAGGUGGAAGCUGUCAACAUCAACUGCGGAAUAGAGAAGCUGGACGGCUUUAGCGGACACAGCGACUACAACCAGCUGAUGUCGUUUGUGCAAAAGCUGCGUCCCAAGUUGAAGCGCGUGCUGGUAAAUCACGGGGAGCGGAGAAAGUCAGAGAACUUGGCGCUAAACAUACGGCGGAUGUUCAAGGUUCCGGCACACUAUCCACAGAUUCAGGAAGCAAUAAAGUUAUUUUAG